GUCAGCAGGGUGCGGUAUCUUCCUGUGGGCUGGGUCUUCGGCUCCUGCCGACCGCGGGCCUAAGCACUACGUGGGUACAGGUGAGACAGAUACGCACCCCUGCUCUCAAAUUACCCGGGAAGGCGAGAGUCUAAUGGUGCCCCCAAGUCCUGUUCAGCGGAGAGUGCGAGAACUAGUGCGGUUCACACAGCAACUGCAGCGAGUCCACCCCAACGUGCUUGCUAAGGCGCUGAGCCGAGGGAUUGUCCACCAGGACAAGGACCUUGUGGUCAUCAAUAAGCCCUACGGUCUCCCUGUGCAUGGUGGCCCUGGGGUCCAGCUCUGCAUCAGUGAUGUACUGCCUAUCCUGGCAAAAAUCCUUCGUGGCCACAAGGCCGAGCCCCUGCAUCUGUGCCAUCGGCUGGACAAGGAAACUACAGGUGUAAUGGUGCUGGCUUGGGAAAAAGAAGUGGCACAUCAAGUCCAGGAGUUGUUUAGAACCCGGCAGGUGACCAAGAAGUACUGGGCCAUCACCGUGCGUGUCCCGGUUCCUGCGGCAGGAGUCGUGGACAUCCCCAUCAUCGAGAAGGAGGUGCAGGGCCAGCAGCAGCACCACAAGAUGACACUGUCCCCCAGCUACCACAUGGACAACGGGAAGAUGGUGAGAGUACGGCCCAGCCGGAAUGCGCACCUGGCUGUGACUCAGUACCGGGUGCUCAGCAGCACCCUCUCCUCCGCCCUCCUGGAGCUCCAGCCUAUUACUGGGAUAAAACAUCAGCUUCGAGUUCACUUGGCUUUUGGGUUGGAUUGCCCGGUCCUCGGUGAUCACAAGUACUCAGACUGGAACAGGCUGGCCCCCCAGAAGCUGCCUGUCGGGAUCCUGAAGAAGCUGGGGCUGCCGCAGUCCAAGGCCCGCCACGUCCCCCUUCACCUGCAUGCCCGCCAGCUGACCCUGCCUGCCCUGCAGUCCGGGAAGGAGGAGCUCAGCUUGGUCUGCAAGCCUCCUCUCUACUUCGUGCGUUCCCUGCGCCAUCUGGGCUUAGGGAUCCCGAGUCAGGAUCAAAAUGGGGACGAGGAUGCCGCACACCCAGGAGGGCGGUGAACACUGUUGGGCAGUUUGCCCUGAGUUCUUUGCUUUGUUUAAGGACCUCUGCUGAUUUCUCGCUUGGGACAGACUCCAGAAGAGCCAGGUGUGAUGAGCUGGAGAAACAGCUGCCUCAGGCUUUUACUGGAGAUGAGCGUCUGGUUACCCCCACCUUGGCCAUGCUCUGGAGAAGUCAGCGCAGUCUCCCCGCCUCAGAGUGGAAGGGAGCGUAGGACCAGGCAGGUGGGUCAGUAAUCAGAGAAGGAAAACUAAAGCACAAAAUCUGUGAUCAAGAACCGUUUUCAUCCAACAAUAAAGCUCUUGAUGCAUCAGGAGAGUUCCUGUGGUUGGAAAGGACAGAAUGGUCAUCUCGCUCAGAGAAACUCAGAAGCGCCGGCUGCAUCCUCAUGGAGCUGCAGGCUCUCUCAGCAAAGCCCCUGCUUUGUUUGAUUAGUCUCGGACUUUGUAGACACUGAUCAUAGACUCAGGGAUGUUCUCUAGCCUCAGCCUGGGAGCCUUGCUGUGCUGGUGACAGUGGAGCCUCUGAAAGGGUGUUUGGUGACCAAGGAAAGCAGGUGUAAAUGGCGGCAGGUCAUGGAAACGUGUGAAGCAGGCAGGGUGUCAGGCCGUGGGGGCAGCACCCACGUCUCGAGGGGCAGUUGUUAACCUCAGCUGAGUUGCUAUGUGGGAACAGAUUCUCUAAUUAUUUCAGACAGUCAGGAAACCCAGAUGUUUAUGUGAAAUCUCUGAGUAUCUUGCCAACUAAAUCAAAUGUUUAAAAAACACUUGGGCAGCCAAGCAAAUCAUAUUUGCAGGUUGGACCUGGUCUGUGGGCUACCUCUUUGCCAUCCGUGUUUGAAGAAUGGGGUAGGAGUUUGGGGAGAGGUGCCAUCGUGAAAGUUCUGGAUCAGUGGUUGGCAUUUUAGCUCCACGUAGUAUCUGUCCUUUCUAGAGCAGGGGAUGGCUUUGGUUAAGCUGUAAAUGUGUGGCCGUGAGGGUGCCGCCAUCCUCUGAUCCUGGUUUUGGAAGCAAGCCUCCUAUUCUUGGGUCUCAGGAAGGAGGUGCUGAGCUAAGUACCCCUCGGGAGGAGAUGAUCUCAGCCACGCCACUCAAUUGUCCAGCUAGCUCGCAUCUUCUUUCUUUCAACAGUGCAAUCUCGCAGAUGGAUACACCUCACGUUACCUUGGGCUGAGCUGAGCAGAGUUGGAGUGACAGCCCGUUGGGGAACAGCUUUUAUGUGCUCGCUCUCUGUUGAUACCACGACCGCCUCAGCCCCCUUCCCUGUUUCCAAGAUGCCUGUUACCAUGCACGAUGGAUUUAACUUUAGAAGCACACAUAUCAUCACUGUUUACCUAAAGCCUAACAGUGUUGGCUGUUGCUUCUACUUUUAGUAAACCAUGCUUCUUGAGAUAAAGGUGGAAGAAUGUGAUGUUCAGAAAAUACUCAUAGUUGACUUUGAAUUGGGGAGAAAAUUGAAGAGGACCCCUGGUUUUGUGAGUGUUUGGAGAAAUCCCAGGCACCCGGGAAAGUACUGCCAGGCACCAGGCAGGAGCCAUGUCCGGACGCAGAGCAGACCUGGGCUGCAGGUGUCGGUGGUCGGAACAGGUGGGACAGCCUGCAGGAGUCUUCUCGCAGCAUUCACAGCUGCUGCGGCGGGCGGGGCAAGGAACGGUGCUCUUGCCUUUCCUGCCCGCGUUUUCUUAGUCCUGCCGGGUGAGGUAGCUGUCUUUAGUCAUGAGGAUGGUCUGCGAGAACUCUCGCCCCAGGUCGCUGUGGCCUGGGGAGCUGGCCCGCAGGAGGCUGGAAAGUGCCUGAGAUGAAAUACUGGCUAGAACCAGUGGCAAGACUGAAUUUAGUAUUAAGUCAGAAUUAAUAAGGAAAGAGUUUUUCAGUUCUUUUCUUAAAAGUUCCACAUGUACGUGAUUUUUUUAAAAAUCUAGAACUAAAAGGCUUAUAAUG